CAGUACACCCAAAGUAGGGAAAGGGAAGCAGGGUUUGUUUGCGUCGCUACACCUGAAGCCUCUCCCCCUGUCUGCAGCCUGCCUAUUUGCUUCUCCCUGUACCUGCUUUGCUGAAGCAACGACUCUCCCCUAAGUUUGCUCCUCUUUUGGGGGGACACUGGCUCCCAGAGGCGCUCAGCUGUGCGAGCUGCUGCCGGCAGCCCCUUUGCUUACUCAGCUGUUCGCUUCUCCCCUAUUGGCUGGACAAAUGGCAGCUCCUGUUUGGAGACUCCUGAACUAGAGCCAUCUUAUGUGGAAGUAAGACUGAACAUUUGGAGAUCGGAGGCUCUUGUUCCUGUGUCCCCCCUUAAGAUUUCCUACUCAUUAGUGAAGCCUGCAAGAACAACCACCUAGUACAAUGUUUGCACUUACCUUGCAAGUGGUCAAAGGUUUGAAAUCCAGGCAAAAGCAUCAGUUAAGUUUUAAACUAAGGCCAGAUCUUGCUUAACACGUCAGGGAUUUGGCAGCAUGAAGCCUGUUAUUGUUGUUCAUGGUGGAGCUGGCCGCAUCUUUAAAGAUCGGGAAGAAGGAGCUCGUUCAGGUGUUACCAGAGCAGCACUGAAAGGUUAUAGUAUCCUUAAACAAGGAGGCAAUGCAUUAGAUGCAGUUGAAGAAGCAGUGACAUCAAUGGAAGAUGAUCCACAUUUUAAUGCAGGCUAUGGAUCUGUUUUAAAUGAGAAGGGUGAAGUAGAAAUGGAUGCCAUUAUCAUGGAUGGAAAAAAUCUAGCCUCAGGAGCAGUAUCUGCAGUUAAAUGUAUAGCUAACCCAAUAAAGCUUGCUCGUCUUGUCAUGGAAAAGACAGAGCACAUGUUGCUGACUGACCAUGGAGCAAAUCUUUUUGCCAAGGCCAUGGGUGUUCCUGAGAUUCCAGGGGAGAAACUUAUAUCGGAAAGAUCCAGGGAGAGAUGGAGCAAGAACCUUGAGCCAGAUUCUAACCCUCAUGAGUUUAAAAAAAACCCUGGAACAGUUGGUGCUGUUGCUAUAGACAAUGAAGGAAACGUAGCUUGUGCAACAUCCACUGGGGGACUCACUAAUAAACUGGUUGGCCGAGUCGGUGAUUCAGCAUGCAUAGGAAGUGGAGGCUAUGCUGAUAACCAUGUUGGUGCCAUCUCUACCACAGGACAUGGAGAAAGCAUGAUGAAAGUGGUCCUAGCCCGACUUAUUCUCUAUCACAUGGAACAAGGAAUGUCACCGGUGGACGCUGCUGACACUGCAUUGAAUUAUAUGAAAACAAGAGUGGGUGGAUUAGGAGGUGUCAUAGUUGUCAGCAAUUCAGGGGGCUGGGCAGCAAGGUUCUCCACCAAGCAGAUGUCUUGGGCUACAGUGAAGGAUGACCAAUUGCAGUAUGGCAUUUACACAGGGGAGAUACAUACGAGCUCUGUUAUUGAGUCCAAGUAAUUCUGGGGAUGAAGAAAAGUGGACAGUACAGCAGGACAAAGAUCUCAGUCUUCAUGGGGAGCAGUGAAAAUUGAUGUUAUCUUUCUGAAAAGAUUUACCCUCUAUUAAAUAGUCCCAGAAUUCACCACA